AUGGCUCCCGGAAUGGCGCGUGAGACCGCAGCCGGAGGUGCAAAAGAUCCUGCGCGGGCGGGGCCUGCCCCACCCCCUGGAGGAAGCCAACCAAUCAGACUGGCCGACGAGGACGACGAGAUGGACGGCGACGAGACAGACGACGAUGAAGACGGCGGCGAGUUUGGCAAUGGUCCAAACCCCAUGUACGAUGAAUCAGACGAUACUCUCGCGGCGAUGAUCAUGCAGUUCGCAUCGACGGAGAAACAGGCCAUUGCUUACCCGGUGGCUGACGCAUUCAUAACGCGGCUGCAACAGCUGCGUCAGAAGGUAGAAAAGGAAAGGGAGAAGAACCACAACAACCGGGUCGACCCGGCAGCGCUUCGGAAGAUUGUCUCAGAGGCUGUAGCGAAGGUAGUCGAGGAGAAAGGUGGCGAGGGCUGUGGAGGAAGUCCGCAAGGAGGUCCAGGAAGUGCAAAGGGAGGUCCAAGAGAAAGGAGGGGCUCCGGCGGCUCCGGCAGCGACAACGGGUCGGGCGCGGUCCUGAGCCGCCGUCGCUGCGGGAGACGAUCGCGGGAGUGA